CAAUCAGCUGCCCCAGCGACGGGCGCUCACAUCCUGCAAGAAGCGGAAGUGACCCAUUUGCCCACCUGCCUUCUCUGGGCACCCUCGGCCUUUCCCUGGCCGAGGGGUAGCGGGCGCAUCAGUGCGCCACCUCCCUCAUCUGUCCCUGAUUGGCGGUCGCUCGUCUUGCUGCCUGGCGCGGGCUCGGGUAGCUCCUGACGGGGCCGGGGGAACAAAGAGGAGACACGGGGUAGGCCGCGCCGCCGGCUCCAGGGUGAGCUGGGAGCCGGAGCCCGAGCUGGGCCGCCGCCGCCGUUGCUGCCACCACCACCACGGUGGGGCUGUGCCAGGAGAGAGCUUCCCUGGAGUUCUGUCUGCGCCCAGCCCGGGCGGGCUUUCCCCGGCUGGAGCCAGCCCCAGGCUCUGCUGCCCCGGUCCCGAGCCGAGACACCAGGCUGAAGCGUUACAUCCCAUCCUUCUGGAGGACAGGGAAGGGAAAUAGCUGCAGUGAAACCAGUUCAGGGGCCAGUGAGCUUUGAGGAGGUGGCUGUGUAUUUCAUCAAGGAAGAGUGGGCUCUGCUGGACCCUGCUCAGAGAGUUCUCUACAGGCAAGUCAUGCAGGAGAACUAUGAUAAUUUGACCUCACUGGCAGAUGAUGGGAUGGUGAGUGAGACCAUGGAGCAGAAUCCUCAUCAGGAAGUUCACAAGCAAGUGGAAUCACGUGGGGUGUUAUUGCAAAGAUGCAAAGGGAGUGUGUCCAGGAGUUGUGAGCAGGGAAAAACCUGUGAGAGUCAGCACAGGCCAGAGAAGUGGCAGGGAAACCAACCAGCGCAGAAGGUUGGUAAAUCUGUUAAUUAUCAGGGAACUCUCAAAGGCCUCAAGGAAAGCAUGGCCCAGCAGGGAAUCCCCAAGGGAGAGAGAAAGAACACAUGUGUUGAUUGUGGGGAAAAAUUCAGUAGGCGCUUACAGCUUAUUACACAUCAGAAGACCCACACAGGGAAGAAACCCUAUGAAUGCUGUGAGUGCAGGAAAACCUUCACUGAUAGUGCAAACCUUAUUAGACAUCAGAGGAUCCACACAGGCGAGAGACCCUAUACCUGCUGUGAGUGUGGGAAAAGCUUUGCUUGGAGAUCAAGCCUUAUUACACAUCAGAGGAUCCACACAGGGGAGAAACCCUAUGAAUGCUGUGAGUGCGGAAAAACCUUCAAUGAUAGCUCACACCUUAUUAUACAUAAGAGGAUUCAUACAGGAGAGAGAAAUUACACAUGCGUUGAUUGUGGGAAAAAGUUCAGUAGACGCUCAACCCUUAUUACGCAUCAGAGGAUCCACACUGGGAAGAAACCCUAUGAAUGCUGUGAGUGCAAGAAAACCUUCAUUGAUAGCUCAAAUCUUAUUAGACAUCAGAGGAUCCACACAGGAGAGAGGCCCUAUAAAUGCUGUGAAUGUGGGAAAACCUUCACUACAAGCUCACUCCUUAUUACACAUCAGAGGAUCCACACAUCAGAGAAACCCUAUGAAUGCUGCGAGUGUGGGAAAGACUUUUCUUCAAGCUCAUACCUUAUUACACAUCAGAGGAUCCACACAGGGGAGAAACCCUAUAAAUGUCUUGAGUGUGGGAAAACCUUUGCUUGGAGCUCAUACCUUAUUAUACAUCAGAGGAUCCACACAGGGGAGAAACCCUAUAAAUGUUUUGAGUGCGGGAAAACCUUUGCUGUUAGCUCAAACCUUGUUACACAUCAGAGGGGCCACACAGGAGAGAGAAAUAACACAUGUGUUUAUUGUGGGAAAAAGUUCAGUAGGCGCUCAACCCUUAUUAGACAUCAGAGGAGCCACACAGGAGAGAGACCCUAUGCAUGCUGUGAAUGUGGGAAAACCUUCACUCGGAGCUCACACCUCAUCAGGCAUCAGAGCAUUCACACAGAGGAGAAACCCUAUAAAUGCUGUGAAUGUGGAAAAACCUUCAAUCGGAGCUCAAACCUUAUUAGGCAUCAGAGGAUCCACACAGGGGAGAAACCCUAUGAAUGCUGUGAGUGUGGGAAAACCUUCACUCAGAGCUCACAAAUUAUUACACAUCAGAGGAUCCACACAGGGGAGAGACCCUAUGAAUGCUCCGAGUGUGGGAAAUUCUUCCAGCAGAGGUCCGCCCUUAUUUAUCAUCAGAAAAGUUGCAAGGGAGAUAAACACCAUAAAAAUCUUGUCUAGGGCUGAGAAAAUAUUUUGUUUUCCUUUUGCUAAUUCCCACGUAGUGAGCUUUAAGGCAGCAUUUGUGUCACCAUGGCCUCUCAGCUCCCUCAGCUGAGUAGUCUGCUUUUCCCUUUUGCAGCUCACCCUUCCUUGGGGUGAAUCCCAGUCCUUUUCAUCAAAUGCUUUGUCCUAUGUCAUAGAAGUGUAUGUCCCUCCAACAGGAAUGUCCUUCAGCCCCAGGUAGGGGGACCAAGAGUGACCUCAACUAGGUACAUGGAGGUUAAAUCUACCUGGGCCUUGACUCCACUAGUAUUUUCCAUGGAGUUAGCUACCUUGAGGUAGCUAUCCUGUUGUAAAAGCAACUAUUUUUUCAGUAAAGAAAAUAGCCCAUUUAUAGUGGCCAUGGUAAUUUAGCCCUGACAUAACCUCCAUUGCUUUUCCUAGCCUAAACAAAUUUGGAGAAUUACAUUUAUCCUUUUCCUCCCACUGCAAAGCGAUUGUUAGUCAUCAAGUUACAUUGGGUUGUGUUCAAUAGCAGUUGUUAUUGUACCAUUUUUCUCAUUUUAAAUAUAUUUAAAUAUAACAAAGAGAAAGGACCAGGAUUGGGGAUAGGGAAAAAAGUGUUUUUUCAACCUCUGUGGCACCUGAAGUAGUGAGUCAGAGGGAUUCCCACCUUCUGAAUUACCCCAGCAGUAUUUCCUCUGUGCCAUGUAGAAUUUAUCUUCUCCACAUUCUAUACCUCCACUUCUCAAUGUGUCAUAUGAUUCAGUGUUCUCAGCCUUCUGCUUGGGAAUCAGUUUUUUUCUUUCAUCCUAAAACAUAGUAAUUUAGGGUCUGAGAUGAAAGUGUCAAAGAUCUCGAAGGGGAAUUUGAAUGGAUCUCAAACAUAGUGUGAUCAUUUUGUAAGCCAUAGGGCUAGCUAGCAUAUUCUUGGCUGUAAUGCAAGAAACCUAGAGGCAACAUCCUGUAUGUUGAGUUAAGGCAAGUUUGCAUACAUAUAUUUGGGACCUUUAGCCUAUAUAAAUGAUAAUAAGCUAAUGCAUAAAGUGUGUUUGUGUGUGUAUAUAUAUAUGUUUGUGAUCUUUAGCAUAGAUAAGUGAGGAAACAUUAAGAUAGAGGGCUACCUAAGUUCAUGUCCUCUAUAAACUUAACAGGUACACCACAAAGAACAUGGAAAUAACUUGUUAGGCCAGAAAUAAGAGAUAAGAAUGAGCUAAGUGUCAUUAAUAGGUAUGAAUAUGUCAUUAAUUCACAUGAACAUGCCAGCCUAUAGGGUAAAUGUACUUUGAUUUUUGUGGGUGAGGAAAUUAAGUUUGGACAUGGAAGGAGGGCACCUGGUGCUCAGGCUCUAUAAGAGGGGCAACCUACCAUGUUAAGUUAGCCUUAUAGCUUCUAUAGUCUUAGUCUUAUAGUUCUCUAUAGUUCUUAAUUCUUAAAUUAGUUGGGUCAAACUCUAUUAGAUUAUGAUGUCUUUCUAUAGCUUUUAGUGCUCUAGCUUCUCCUAAGCUCUUCACCUCCCACUCGAGAACUGGGGAACCUGGAAAUCAGACUCUUUUGGCAUGCCAGAGGUAAGGCUGGUCCUUUGUCUCUUACCACCAGGUUAUCUAAAAAGCUUUAAAAUAUAUAAUACCAGAUGUGCCACUAGAAGAAUAUUAUUUCCUUUGUAAUUCUAACUGAUUAUUAUCUAUUUUAUUAUUAUUCCAUUUCAUCUCAAUAAAAGUCUUUAAGGUUAUAUUUUC